UCUUGCAGCAGUAAGUCAGUGUUGGAGGUCUGUCCUGACUGAAGAGGAGACCCACUACACACACAAUCACAUCAUCAGCUUUUAAAUACACACACAUUCAUCAUAAUGGGAGGUGUAUGAUGACUGAAGCUGCAGGGCUAUGGCCAGCGAACCCCUCGAAGGCUUCCAUGAGGUCAACUUGGCGUCACCCACCACCCCUGACCUCCACGGAUUGACCUCCGACACCAGACCCCAAUGUCACAGCGCCCCUUCCAGCGCCCUGUACCGUACACCCUCCCUCAGCUCCAGCCCCUGCCCCCCCAACGCCCUGCGAGCCGACCAGCUGCCCACCCAGCCCAUCUACUCUGCCCCUAGGCUACUGGGCAGCACAGAACCCCACAAUGGAAGCGUUCCGGGGUUGGAACCCCCCGUCCGGUCAGAGGCGGAGUCAGCAGAAGGGGUGUUCCUGUCUGGAGAGGAAGGGGAGGAUUCUCUGAGUCUGACCAAUGACAGCCUGUCCCGCCUCCGCAGCCCCUCAGUCAUGGAGAUCAGAGAGAAAGCCAAUGAGAGACUGAAGGAGGAGCUAGCCAAGGCACAGAGGGAUGUUAAGUUGAAAGACGAGGAGUGUGAAAGGCUUUCUAAAGUCAGGGACCAACUGGGCCAGGAACUGGAGGAGCUCACUGCUAGCCUGUUUGAGGAAGCUCACAAGAUGGUGCGUGAGGCCAACAUCAAACAGUCGACUGCUGAGAAGCAGCUGAAGGAAGCUCUGAACAAGAUUGAUGUGCUCCAGGCGGAGGUGUCGGCCCUGAAGACCUUGGUCCUGUCCACGUCCCCCACCUCCCCCUGUCAUGACCUUCCUGGGGGCUCCAAGGCUCCCUUCAAGAAGGGUCACGGCCGCAACAAGAGUACGAGCAGCGCCAUGCUGGGCAGCGGGCAGGAAGUGAGCGGCGCACAGCCCAUCGUACGAGACUGUAGAGAGCUGGACAGUCUCCUGUUUAGUGAGUUUAAGUUGUGGAAGGAGGAGCCCAGUCUGGAGAGGAACAGCUCUUUCCUGGAGAGAGUCUACAGAGAGGACAUCUACCCCUGUCUCACCUUCUACAAGAGUGAGCUGGGGUCGGCCAUCUUGGAGGCAGUGGAGAGGAACACGCUCAGUGUGGAGCCGGUGGGCUUCCAGACGCUGCCUGUCGUCAAGGCCUCUGCUGUGGAGUGUGGAGGACCAAAAAAGUGUGCCCUUAGUGGCCAGACCAAAACCUGCAAGCACAGAAUCAAGUUUGGUGAUUCCAGCAACUAUUACUACGUGUCUCCUUUCUGUCGUUAUCGGAUCACGUCAGUUUGUAACUUCUUUACCUACAUCCGCUACAUCCACCAAGGGCUGGUCAAGCUGCAGGACGCAGAACAGAUGUUCUGGGAAGUGAUGCAGUUGAGGAAAGAGAUGAGUUUUGCUAAGCUGGGCUACUACAAGGAGGAACUGUGACCAACCAAUCACGAUACAGAACAGAGGGAUGCGUGUCUGAAUCUCAACCUAUCAUCAGAUGCACUCCCGUGACGGACAGGAUAGCUCUCCAAUCAUCCUACCCUCCUGGCUCUCAGAAGGAAGAAGGACCGCCCCCAACGCUCCUCAUCGC